UAUAUGAUUCAGCGAGUUGGGUUUUGGCAGCUGCGCUUUGGAGUAUAAUUCGUGAUUGUGAAUGCAAUGCUGGCGAAGUACCAAAACGAAGGUCAGACGCUGUGCUUAUUAUAGCCGAAAGCAAACAACUGGAGAAGAACACAUACACCGCAUUUGAAGUGGCCAGUUGGUAGUUGUAGUUGUAGUUGCUCAGGAAUUUUGUGCAACAAGUUGUGGAUUUAUAAUUGUCAUAUGACACAAUAAGUUGAGGUGAUAAAUUUAAAAAAAACAAACUUACAUCAACUACAAACUCAUACAUAUAAAAUUACAAAGGAGAAAAGAAAUAAAAGAAAGCGAAAAAUGGUAUUGGAUUUGGAGAAACGUACUUUCCUUUUGGUGACGGGAGCAUCGCGUGGCAUUGGUCAACGUAUGGCCGUGGAACUAGCUGACCAUUUGAAAGCGGGCUCUGUGGUUGUGCUGUUGGCACGUACGGAACAGGGUUUAGCACAAACCAAAUCUAGUAUUGAAGCGUUGGGUAAAGAUUUAAAAGUAUACAUAUUUUCCAUUGACUUGAGUACGGCCAAAAAAUCACAAUUCCUUGAAAUAUUAGACAAAUCGCUGCAGGGUGUAAAUGUACGCAGUUUUGAACGUGCUUUUAUUCUACACAACGCCGGUACAGUGGGUGAUGUGUCGAAAAGCGCCGUGGAGUCGUCGGACACUGACGAUUGGCAAGUAUAUUUCCACAUGAAUGUUUUCUCUGUGAUUUCAUUGAAUUGUGAGUUUUUCCGUAAGUUCACUGGUGUGUCCAAGUUGGUUGUGAACAUCACUUCGAAAUGUGGCAUAGAGCCAUACGGUUCUAUGAGUUUCUAUUGUUCUGGUAAAGCGGCCAGGGAAAUGUACUUCCGUGUGUUGGCAGUCGAACAGGAAAAUGAGGAUGUAUUGGUGUUGAAUUAUGCACCAGGUGCCAUUGAUACUGAAAUGACGGAAUUAGUACAGCGUCAGAGCUCCAAUAAAGAGUUGGCUGAUUUUUUCAAAAUGCAACGCGACACAAAAACAAUGUUGACUACUGGUCAAACAACACAAAAAUUUUUAAAAGUGCUACAGGAACAAAAAUUCAAGUCUGGCGAUCAUGUAGACUAUUGGGAUGAUGAGGAAUAGAGCCAACGCAUGCUACAAACGUGCUUUCCCGCUUAAUAAUACAUGUCUCAAAUAUGAGAAUAAGAAAUAUUAGAUUAUAAUAUAUUUAUCUUCGUGCAGAUAUGAGUUGCAAACUUUUUUUUCUGAGAUUUUUAUUGCCAAUAUAUACACAAUUUAUAGAAUAAUGGGUGCUGAUGUGUGAAUUUAAUACAAAUAUUUUAAAAUAAAAUGGUUAAAUGAUGAAACAUUGAAAA